AUGGAGAUCGUUUACGUUUACACGAAGCUCCGCCGGGAUUUGGGCCGUCCGUGUUUGUUUUCGGAUCGAUGUGAAAUGAUCGAUGUGGAUAUUCACCCGGACCCGGAACUUUCCCAACAGUUCAUUCACAAAACCCACCGAGAUCAAGCCCUGCAGACCGGGCCCGAAAUGUCCGAACACCAGGUAAACACGGGAGGAUUUGAGGUUAAAAGCUGUGGGAUGAAUCAUGUGGAGGGCGGAUGGCCUAAAGACAUUGACCCCGAGAAGGUGGAGCAGACCAUUCGCUUCAGGAAGAAGGUGGAAAAGGAUGAGGGGUACGCGACCAGCAUCCGCCAGCUGAGCAGUGCGAUGGAGCACUGCAUUGGGCAGAACAAUGCCAUAGAUAUCUACCAGGAAUAUUCAGAAGAUGAGGAAGAGGUGGUGGAAACUCAGGAGUUGCCAUAUGCCAAAACCAUUAAUGUGUUCAGAGAUCCUAAUGAGGUGAAACGCACCGUCACCAGUCUGUCCUGGCAUCCUGACGGAGAGAGGAAACUUGCUGCGGCCUAUUCAUGCCUUGAAUUUCAAAAAUGGUCCAAAGACAUGAGCCUGGACUCCUACAUCUGGGAUGUUGUGAAGCCAAACUGUCCAGAGAUGUCUCUUAAGCCGACGAGUCCAAUUAUUUGUCUGGAGUACAACCCAAAAGACUCCCACUUUCUUGUGGGAGGCUGCUACAAUGGACAAAUUGUUUACUGGGACACGCGGAGAGGCAGCCAGCCUGUGGAGAGUUCCUCUGUGGAAUGUGGUCACAGAGAUCCGGUGUACAAGGUGAUCUGGCUGCAGUCCAAGACCGGCACCGAUGCCUUCUCUGCCUCCACCGGUGGACAGGUUCUGUGGUGGGAUGUCCGCAAGCUGAGCGAGCCCACGGAGCGUCUGGUUCUGGACCUGAGCCGAGAGGGGAAUAUUGACCGGGCUGUAGGAGCCGUUUCUCUGGAGUUUGAGACAACCAUGCCCACUAAGUUCAUGGUGGGAACCGAACAGGGCGUGGUCGUGUCCUGCAACAGGAAGGCAAAGACUCCAGCUGAAAAGAUUGUUUGCACAUAUGAUGGACACCACGGACCCAUCUAUGCCCUUCAGAGGAAUCCAUUCUUCCCCAAAAACUUCCUCACCAUCGGAGACUGGACGGCUCGUAUUUGGUCCGAGGAAAUCAAGGAGUCAUCCAUCAUGUCAACCAAGUACCAAAUGUCGUACCUCAUGGACGCCUGCUGGAGUCCAGUUAGACCCUCUGUUUUCUUCACCGUGAAGAUGGAUGGCGUCCUGGAUGUCUGGGACAUCCUAUUCAAACAGAAUGAGCCCAAACUGAGUGUCAAGGUGUGCGACAAAGCUUUGUACAGCGUCCGUGUUCAGGAUAACGGGCGUCUGUUGGGAUGCGGCUCUCAGCAGGGAGACACCACGCUGCUGGAGAUCAGCUCUGGACUCUCAACCUUGCAGAAGAAUGAGAAGUCUCUGCUGGCUGGUAUGUUUGAACGAGAGACAAAAAGGGAGAAGAUCCUGGAGGCCCGGCAGAGGGAGAUGCGCCUGAAGGAGAGGUGUCGCUCAGAACAGAGCAGAUCAGAGGAGACGGGGCGGGAGGAGGGAGAGGAAGACGUGGAGCAGCUCCUGUCCAGGGCUGAGAGUGACUUCUACACCAUGGUGGAGAUGGAGUUACAGAGGAGAGAGGAGAGGAAGGAGAAACUGCAGGAAAAAGACAUCUGUGAAGAAAAGGAAAUGGAUGGGGAAGCUGAAAUUCUGGAUUAGUUUUCACAUCUUUCAGAGUUGAGCACAUUUCAAAUGGAUCUAGCUCUUUGUUGUUAAUAAAAAAAAGAUUCAUAAGUAAAAUUGAGGGAUUGAUUGGGAAUAGUUUAAGGUAUUACAUUAAAUAUAGUAUUCAUGAACUCUUCUGAAAAUUAUAUGUGUGUUCAGUGUUAAUAGGUUGAA